GAUAAACGGCUGUUCCCUUACGGAACAGACCAUUGCAAUUUUUCACUAAUAUAGACGGCUGACACUGCGGAGCGAACCAUAACAUUGCUUGUUUCAAAAGAGCAUGCAGAGAGUGGGAAAAAGAGAUCCUUGAAUGAUAAGAGUGGAAGGAAGAUAUAUAUAUAUUUAGAGAGAGAGAGAGAGAGAGAAAGCGAGAGGCAGUAAGAAGUUAAAGAAAGGAGAGAGGGUGAGAGUAAAUGAGAAGAAGGGGGUGCUUAAGGAAAAGAGAAAGUUAGUGAGCGAGGAAAAGAAUUGAGUGACUGCGCAAGAGGGGAGCGGAUCUUUGCGAGUCUUUGUGUGAGUGUGUGCGCUAUGCGUGCGUGUGAUUGUUGGCGCGCGAGAGAGAAAGCGUGUGCGUGCGAGAGAAAUAUGUGCGUGUGCUUUAGCGUGUGUGUGUAUGAGUGCGUGUGUGUGUUUUGUUGUUGAGGAACGGAGUUAGAAAGAUAGUGACAGAGACAGAAACGGAUUGAAGGAGAAGAUAGAGUGAAGUAAAAGAGAGAGCGAGACAGAGAGAAAGAGAGAGAGAGAGAGAGUGAGUGUGUGCGCGUGUGUAUGUGUGUAUGCAUGUGUGUGUUUUAUGUGUGUGAGUGAGUGUAUGUGUAUGUGUGGUGCGUGUGUGGAAUGACUAUAAAAAGAAUACAAAUGAUAUGAAAAUUGCGGGGGUGGGAUAGACAGAAAGAUUGUGCAUGCAAGAGAGAGAGAGAGAGAGAGAAAGAAAGAGAGAGAGGUAGACAAACAGAUAGAUACAGAGAGAGAGAGAGAGAGAUAAACAUAAAUUGAAGUUGUGAGAGAAACGAUGAAAUAAAGAUGAAAGUUGGACAAAGAGAUAAAUCAAGUAGGAAGCGAGAAGUUAACAACGGCAACAACAACAACAAUUAUAAACAAAGAUAAACGGCAGAGCAGCAACAAUAAAAACGACAACAGCAAUAAUAAAGUAUUGAUAUCUCACCAAUAUUAAAAGUCACAAGAAUAACAACGUAAGUUGCUGAAAUUUUCAGAAAAAUAUUUUUUAAAAAUAUAAAAAAGAAAAAAAAAAAUAAUUAAUAAUAUUUCUGGAGACGGAAGUUAAGAACAUUCGAUUCUUUUGAAAAUUUUACGUCGAAAACUUCAGAUCGAGAGGAAGGAGAAAAAGAAAGAAUGAUACUAAUAACAUCAACAGGAAUUCUAAAAGGAAGAAAAAUCUGAGGAAAAAAAAAAAAAAGAAAAUAGUUAUAAAAAUUUUUUAUUAAAAAAAAAAUUACAGUACAACAACAAUAAUAUUAUCAACAGCAAGGCUGAUUGCUGCAAACGGAGUAAAAAGAAUCGUUCAGUUUAAGGAAUUUGGAAAGUAAAAAAGUAGUAAAGUGAAAAGAAAAAUAUAGGAAGCGAAAAAAAAAAUCAAAAUCACAAACUGAAAAUAAAAGCAGAUAAAAAAAUAGUUUUUUUAAAAAUUAAGAACAACCACAGCUAAAGUAAUUUAGCAAUUAACAAAAAACAAAUAGACGAAAGAAAACUAUAUAUAUACGUUUUGGAGCGCACGCGAAUAUGUACUUAUUCUUGACAAAUUGAAAACUGAAUUGCAUUCUGUUUAUGCAGUUUUUAUAAAUUAUUUUUGUGUAUAAUAAGUGCAUGUGUAUAUAUCUCUGCAAGAACAUUACUUCCAAGAACCACAACAAUACAAACAACACCAGAAGAAACAAUAAUAGCAGCAACAGCAACGAUCUAAAAAAAAUACGAUUAUAAUACUGACAAAAAAAAAACCCCAGCUGACAUUAACUACACCAAUAACAAUAUUGCAAAGAAUAAUAACUAUAAAUAUAUAUGAAUUAAUACACAUAUAUAUGUGUGUGUGUGUGCGUGUGUGUCUGUGCGCGCAGUAAUAAUAUCAACAUCUAAGAGUGAUUACUAUUUUGUAUUAAUAUUAUUUUAUACAUAUUAUUAACACACAAACACAACUUUUUCAUCAUAAUCGUCGUUAAGCGGAAACGAAAACUAAGUCAAAUACUACACACACACACUUUCUCGCAUAUACACGUUAACAACAAUAACAGGAACUUUAUGAAUGGAAACAAUAAACGGCUAAAACUUUAUAAACAACUAUAACUAUUACUACAACAGAAAGAACAACUACGAAGAAAAAAUACAUUGAGAGUUUGAAUAAAGUUGUUUUGAGUGAGAAAGUGAAAGUAGAAAAAGAAGAUAAAGAACUUGUGAUUGUUUCAAUCAUGUGGAAGUUUUUUAUAGUCACGUUUAUCUUACAAGUCGGACUUGGAACUGUCCUCAGCGUCAAGAGGCAUGCAAUAUUUCGAAGACAAGCUGGUCUCCUCGCCGGAAAAAUAGAUUGCAACCAGCUGAAAACCUCACCUGGAGACUACUGGUAUAUUGCAGAUGAAUUUGCCCCACCCUGUGCAUUUUACUUAAUAGGUGGCCACGACAAAAGAGUAGAACUGGAAUUUCUUGAUUUUAAUAUUGACUGUGAAGAAGGAGGGGAAUUAUCAAUCAUUGAUGGAUGGGAGCUGAACAACCAAUUCUUCCCCAGUCCUAACGAUCUACCCAGGAAUCUACACGAUGAAAGAUAUUGUGGAAUCAAUAGGCCAAGACGCAAGUUCAUUGCAUCACAGAACGCAGCUCUUAUUAACUUUUAUGUCCCAAUAAAAGGACAGGGUUUCACCUUACGGGUAAAAUUCAUCAAGAACUCAUUGCCUUGCAACGUCAUAUCAAUUACGCACUCAGGAACCUACACACUAAAAAACUACGGUAUCAAAAUGAACUGCAGUUUCUCUUUCAUCUUCCCAUCUAUAAUCAAAACAGUGGCUGUAAACGUGGGAAUUACGUCGACUAUGAACUUCAUCAAUAUACCCCAACGCCGUGAGAGUCUCCAGUCGUUUUUUAGGAAACAGCUCACCCCAUCCCUGAAAUAUAACACCCAGUGCAUGAAACGAGGCGGUAACGAUUACUUCCAGUUAAAGACGGGCGACGGACUUGAUCCUAGGUUUAUGCAAUACACUUCGACUUCUAUCUGCGGAACUUCUCGUUACAAUCGAUAUAACCCUGGCGUUUUGCUGGGCUGUGGGCACUCAGUUGUCCGUAUGGUGUCCAGUGGUAAUUACUAUAAUUCAGUGACAUUCACCUACCAAGAAGCGUCUGAAAAAGAAUUGGAAACUCAGAAAUAUGACUUUUGUUGACAGCCAAGAACCGACUUGUUCAAAAAAGAAAAAAAAAGAAAUAGAAUAUCGUCCUGGAACUGUGCGUUCAUAAGG